CUCAAAAACUUGAGUUAUGUCAGACCAAAAGACACUAAACCAUUUUUAACUCUUAUGAGAACACAAUGCAAAAGUGAGAAACAAGAGCAUGAAAAUUAUAAUAUUUCCUGUAUUAAAACAACCAGCCAUAAUGUGAAGAUCAAGACUUACGGGAGGUGGUGGUUUGAAAGAAUCGAACCACAGGGGCUCUGCCCCUAGAAGGGGUCCGAGUAUUUUGAUGCCACUGAAAGUGCAUUGAAUUAUCUUAGUGGUGUAGAAGCUAACUGAAAACUGAUGUAAAACUAAGAGCAAUGUGCACUGCUUGCUGUAAAAAUGCUAUGUGAAAGAAGUACAAAGAACCUAGCUUGAGUAUCGCUUGCAUGCAGUGGUUUUACUAGACAUUUCACUGAGCAAGACCUAGCUAGUAGUUUUACUGCUGUUAUACAAUUCUAUUGGCCGCAUUUGGUCCUAUGAUUUCCAUGUGUUACUUUACUAUAUAAAUUUAAACCUACACUACGUGGAACUGCAUUAAGUGUUCACCCUUUAGAAAGUGGUCAUUUUCGUAAGUCCUGAAAAUUAUUUCCCUUAAUGACUGUAAAACUGACCUGCAUUAAGCAGGCGACCUUUAUUAAGGGGUAGCCGUCACCUUUUCCGUGAUCCCAGUGAGUUAUUUUUAAUAGUCUUCAGGGGCGGAUCUAGGGGGAGGGUGCAGGGGGUGCACACCUCCCCCCUGAGAUGACCUGCAGUUUUCUAAUACAACUGGUAUUCUGCCAAAAAAACACUGUGUGGUUUAUUGGUGUUGAAGUAGAGCAAGAGACGAGUGCACCCCCUCCUAAAAAAAUCCUGGAUCCGCCCCUGGUCUUCACCUCUAUUAAAUGGCCACUUUGUGGUGAUACAAGUGCAGUAGAUAAACUGAGCAUGGCAUUCAGUGGUCUUUUACUCGACCUUGCUUUAUGCACAAGAAGAGGUCAACUUGUCAUGUUAUGAGGACAUAAUUUUCACUUUGUCACCAUCUUUAUUUUGUUGAUUAUCUCUUGGGUUUGCCAAACCUCUAUUAUUAAACUCAAUUGGCCACUUCCCAAGGGUGACCACCAAGUUUGACUGUACCAGCAGUAGAAAUCCCAUGUCUUUGAGACUCAUCUACCAGAAUGUCCAACAUGACUUUUCUCUGAUCUUUCAGACUAGUAAUUUAAGCAAAAAUGGUUGCUGUGUUGAUGAUCCUCACUAGCCAUGAAGACAUGGGUAACACUGGCAAAAAGACAGGAUGGUAUCUCCCAGAACUGGCACAUCCAUAUCAUGUGUUUAAAACGGCAGGGUAUAAUAUGACAUUUGUCAGCCCUAAGGGAGGAAAGGCUCCUUUGGUAAGUAUUAUGCCUUUUAGCUACUUCAGUGGGUACAUGGCUCCGAUAUCAGGGUGGCCAAGGGGGGAUACCUAUCACGCUGACAUUUUUUAGGCCAUCACUUUUGACAUAAAUAAGGUGCAAUUGCACUGAGUUAACAUGGCAAUAUCUCACCCACUGAAUGAAUCAGGUCUUGUAAAAAGUUUUCAGCAUCAUGUUUUUCUGGUGCUGUUUCAAAAAUUAAUAAUAACGAUAUUAGCCAGUAGGAUUUCAGGCAUUCAGAUAGUAGAGCAUGGAAUUUAGAUGUUGGGAGACUAGGGCGAGAGCGAGGGUUCCCUCCCCUCGUUUCUUUUUCUUGAUUUUCUCUAAACAGGAUUCCAAUAGAGAGAGGCAUGGACACAACUAUGACAACAUCUUAAGACUUGCAGAGUAGCCAGUCUUGCAUUAUUUUACCAGUAACUGGCAACUUUCCUAAGGCAUUUGGUCUCCAUUUUAUCUUACUGUAUAUUAAAUAAAACAUUUGACUGUAUCUCAUGAUUGUAGUCAAAACAAGAAACACCCAGUAUUUAAAACCGGUGGGGAAAGAUUCUCACAGUUCUUGUUCUUUAAUCCAUAGGAUCCUGGUAGUCUUGAAGCUUUUAAGAAUGAUAAAAUCUGCCAAGAAUUCUUAGCUGAUAAGGAGGCAAUGAACCUUGUUGACAACACCAAUGCUAUUACAUCCAUCAAAGCUGCUGACUAUGAUGUUGUCUUCUGUGUUGGAGGCCAUGGACCCAUGUUUGAUCUUCCAAACAAUGAUGAUGUUAACAAGGCUAUAGCAGCAAUAUAUGAAAAAGGAGGUAUUGCCGCCGCAGUUUGCCAUGGACCUGCUGGUAGGUGACAAGAUUCAAAGAUAAAGUUAUCAUGGCUAAUUUCACUCAACACUCUGAAGAAUGGGUCAAACGUGUGGAGUGGGAAAGACAGGGGGGAUGGGGAGUAGUCCUCCCCACCUGCCCAUCAAAUGAAUGUCUCUUCUUUGAGUUUCAGAGAUCAUGUGAUAAUAAAAGAAAGGCAAAAUAACUGAAUAACUUUCUUCCCUGGAAAGGGAGGGCUUAUUAGAGAGGGUGGACUUUGUGAUAUGUACAUGUAAUUCUUGUUUUUAUUACCGAAACUAUGUGUAACUAGUAGUAAUGUUUCCACCCUUGUUAAAUUUAGUUUCUUUUUCUUCUCCUACAUGCUUAUCAAUCAAACAGAGAAUUUAAUUUUAGAUCAGGAGUCACAGGACCUUUUGUUAGAGCUGCAAAUAAUCAGCUAGCCGGUUUGUGUCAUGCAGCGACAUAGAAACCUUUGGUAAAACUGAAGUUUUGUUCCCUAAUUCUCUCCUAACAGGGAUUGUAAAUACAAAGUUAUCAAAUGGCGAUUACCUUAUAAAAGGGAAAAAAGUGACAUGCUUUACUAAUGCAGAAGAGGAAGCUGUCAAGUUAGUUGAAGAAAUGCCUUUCCUGUUGGAGACCAAGCUAAAGGAAAAUGGGGCACAAUUUGAAAAAGCACCUAAUAUGUUUGAGGCUUGUGUCUGUGCAUCAGAUAGAGUGGUGACUGGUCAAAAUCCAGCCUCUGCCACCCCCAUGGCGGAAAAAAUAGUGGAACUUUUGAAGCAAAAAUAGAUGCAAGUUUGAUUCAGCCAGAAUACAGCCUUUUCUAUUUUCAUGGCAAAUUAUGUAGUAGAAAUGUUGUAGAGAAAAAUGGACCAAGCACAUUUAUUUAUGCAUUUUCCAUCGCUGUUAAAAAAGUGUAGCUUGUUAAAAAAAUAAAGUAAAGAUCCUUCCUGAAGUGGAAAUGAGUCUAUUAUCUUUUCUUUUUGGGGGUUGUAAAUAGUUAAG